AUGACCGCUAUUCUUCAGAGGCAGGGAGAGCCUGACCCGACGGCAGCGGAGCGAUGGAGAUCAAAGGUCAAGAAGAUCUUCGAUACUAUGAAGUGCACAGGCGAGCAGCGGGUUCCAUUUGCUAUGUUUCUUCUUCAGGGUGAGGCCAAGCACUGGUGGGCAUUGGUGUCCCGAGCGGUAGGGGCCGAGUUCGAGUAUACUUGGGAGGAUUUUGUAAACCGGUUUGAUCAGAAGUUCUUUCCUGACCACGUCCAUCAGCAGUGCACGCUUAAGUUCGAGACUCUUGUGCAGGGGGACAUGUCGGUGUCCCAGUAUGAGGCCCUUUUUAUUACACUGUUAAGAUUCAUGACUUAUCUUGUUUAUGAUGCGGGGCGAAAGGCCCGCCGUUUUGAGAACGACUUGCAUUUUGGCCUCCAGAGCCAUGUCAUUGGACAUAUGCUCCUGACAUUUGAGUAG